AGUCAGGAGCAGGAGCAGCUUGAACUGAAGCAGGAUCCUGAUGAUGAUGAUGAAGAAAGUGAUCAAGUGGAACCAGGACCAGACAUUGACCACCAUCUCCUCUCUCCUGUAGCUGAGAGUCAAGAUCGGACAACAGUCCACGUGAGAAAAAUUACAGGUGAAAAGCCCCAUAUGUGCGACAUUUGUAAGAAAUGCUUUGCACGCAAAAAUAACCUGAUGACCCACAUGAGAACUCACACAGGUGAGAAGCCAUAUUCUUGUGAAACAUGUGGAAAGUGUUUUUGUCAAAAUUCAGAUUUGACUAUCCACAAAAGAACUCACACAGGUGAGAAGCCAUACUCUUGUGGAACUUGUGGAAAGUUUUUUCGACAUCAUUCGAAUUUGAUAAUCCACGAAAGAAUUCACACCGGUGAGAAGCCAUUUUGUUGUGAAACAUGUGGAAAGUGUUAUCGACAUAGUUCGGAGUUGAUAAUCCACCAAAGAAUUCACACAGGUGAGAAGCCUUAUUCUUGUGGAACCUGUGGAAAGGGUUUUCGACGCUGUUCAGAUUUGACAAUCCACAUGAGAACUCACACAGGUGAGAAGCCAUAUUCUUGUGCAAUAUGUGGAAAGUCUUAUAGACAUAUUUCGCAUUUGAUAACCCACGGAAGAAGUCACACAGGUGAGAGGCCUUAUUCUUGUGAAACUUGUGGAAAGCGUUUUCACCGUAAUGCGCAGUUGAGGAUCCACAAAAGAAGUCACACCGGUGAGAAGCCGUAUACCUGUGAAACAUGUGGAGAAACCUAUCGAUCCAGUUCAGAGUUGAUAAUCCACAAAAGAACUCACACAGGUGAGAAGCCUUAUUUUUGUGAAACGUGUGGAAAGUCUUUUCGAGAUAAUACCUGUUUGAUAAACCACAUAAGAUCUCACACAGGUGAGAAGCCCCAUGUUUGCCACAUUUGUAAGAAAUGUUUUGCACGUACAGAUACCUUGAGGAGACACAUAAAAACUCACAGGUGAGAAGAAGUGAAAUGAAAACAACACAUGUUGAUGAAUCAUCAGAGGCUCGCCUCAAAUCAAAAUAGAUUUUGAGUGCCAUCAGCAUUUUAAAGACAUGAUAAAUUGUGCCAAAUGAAUUUCAUUGUCUUGGCCGUGACAGUGGGUCUCGACCAGGCAUGGGCAUGAUAAGACAUGUCGGCCACAUGCAGCCCUUUAACCCUCCCAUCCUGGAUCUGUGUGAAUUUAAUUAGAAAUGACAGAGAGAAUUAAAAAAAAUGUAAAUAACAGGAUUGUACAGUGCGAAGUGCACUUCUCAUUUACUGUUUGUCCAACACAAGAGUGUUAGUUUUUAUUUGAUUAUGACUCUUUGUUUUUAUCAGUUGGUUUGCCAGGUGCAAGAUUCAAGGUAUUGUGUGUCAAAAACAACCAUUCAAAUUGCUUCAUACACACACAGUUCAGUUUCAGUGAGUUGUGGUUAGAUGAGGAUGUCGUGGUGGUGUCAGACAAUAUACUCACAACACUAGACCACAGUAUCAUGGAGUAGUAUUCAUUAUGUAGUAUAGAAUGAUAUUUUCAAUACAGUUAGUUCGUAAUAAGUGAGUAGUUAGUUUAUUGUGUUUGUAUGCUGCACCAAUUCACACCCAAUCUUCCUCAGAUUUUCUUGUAGAGUCAAUUAGAUUUUUAUCCUUGUCCUUUUAUCACUGAAACUGUUUCAUUAAAAUCAAAAUAAAAAAGGUUUGCGUGCAAAUAUUUUUGUGCACAUUUUUUAUACACAAUUGAUGCUAAGAAAUAACAUUUCCAUUCAUGGAUUAUUGUUGUUGCUGUCAUGUAAGGAGGGGCUAGAAUGAUCUUUAGUUAGUUAGUUAGUCAGCAGCUUGGUCGCUGUCCCUUGUCGUAGCUCCUUAGGUUUUACUCCAGAGUAGGACCAGAGUGUGUUUUCUUCCCCUCUUUCUCUCCCUCACUUACACACUCUAUAGGUUGAUUUGGUGUUGAGUGACAACCACCCGUGUCUGUCAGCCUGUGAACUGACCAAUCAGCAGCCAGGAUGCGCUGAUCCUUCGUGCAGCUGGAGGUUCAUUGUAAGAAUGUUGUGGAGUAGAUCAGACUGGGGAAUCUCAUUAGGUAACGUGUUGUAAUGUUUUGAUUAUGUGUUUUUGGUUUGGCACAAACCUUUGGUUUCCCCCCUCAUCCACCUUUUGUUAUCUUACCUUAAAAUAAACAUUUGAGUUUCUUCUGGUUCUGUUUUAA